AUGGCGACGGCUGCCCCAACAUCGCCCGCCGUCGUGCGCUCCUCAUCCACUUCGCGGAGGUCAGUCGACCGCCCACACCGGUCGCAGAGCACCACCACCCGCCCCAGCCCCCAUGCGCAGAGCCGCCAUCCACAAACCGGCCUGAACAACGUCGCCCGCCGAGACUACGAGCAGAGCAACGUCGCCCAGGACCAGCACGCCCGCCGCAGCGAAGACCCCUCCCGCAACGACGCAGGCAGAAGAGGGCACACGCGGUAUGCGUCUGACGCAUCCACCACCUCCGCAAUGCCCUCCAACGGAGUAGCUGCCGAUGGCAGGGGACAAUUGCCCGCCAACACCAAGCGGAGGACUACCAUCACCGCACCGAGCACGGGAACAUGGGCACUCGGCAAGACGAUUGGCGCAGGCAGCAUGGGGAAGGUGAAGCUGGCCAAACACCAGGAGACGGGAGAGCAGGUUGCUGUCAAGAUCGUGCCCCGUCUAUCCCAGGAUCAGCAUCAGAGCGCUGCUGACCGCGAGCGAGCCGACCAUUCCAAAGAGGUUCGCACGGCCAGAGAGGCUGCCAUUGUCAGUCUUCUGGACCAUCCAUAUAUCUGUGGCAUGCGAGAUGUAGUUCGCACCAACUACCAUUGGUACAUGCUUUUCGAGUUUGUCAAUGGAGGGCAGAUGCUUGACUACAUCAUUUCGCAUGGCCGCCUCAAGGAAAAGCAGGCUCGCAAAUUCGCACGCCAGAUUGCGAGCGCUCUCGACUACUGCCACCGCAACAGCAUCGUGCAUCGGGAUCUGAAGAUCGAGAACAUCUUGAUCAGCAAGACUGGCGACAUAAAAAUCAUUGAUUUUGGCUUGAGCAAUUUGUUUUCACCCCGAAACCAAUUAAAGACGUUCUGUGGAAGUCUGUACUUUGCCGCCCCUGAGCUCCUACAGGCCAAACAAUACACGGGCCCGGAGGUAGACGUCUGGAGUUUUGGCAUCGUUCUCUACGUGUUGGUGUGCGGUAAGGUACCAUUCGAUGAUCAGAGCAUGCCACAGCUUCAUGCCAAGAUAAAAAAGGGACAUGUGGAAUACCCUCCCUGGUUGUCUGCGGAAUGCCGAAAUCUGAUACAUAGAAUGCUUCAGACGGAUCCCACUCAACGGUUGACGCUUACUGAGAUCAUGAGCCACCCUUGGCUGACCAAGGGCUUCAACAGUCCUCCCGAAAACUAUCUGCCACAUCGUGAACCCCUCCAACUGCCGCUGGAAAAGGAGAUUAUCGACAGAAUGACCGGCUUCGACUUUGGAACGGCCGAGUACAUCACCAGCCAAUUGACCAAUGUGAUUCAGUCUGAUGAGUAUCAACGCGCUGUCCGCAUGGCAGCUCGCAGGACAAAUGCUCAAACACCUGAAGCUGAAAAGAAGAGAGGCAUGUUCGAUUUCUACAAACGACGCAACUCAAUCUCUAGUCGGGAGCAACUGACCGCCUCUUCUUCGGAAGAUAUCCAGCGGGGAUUAGACCCUGUAAACGCAUACAGUCCUCUUCUAUCAGUCUACUUUCUUGUCAAAGAAAAGAGAGACCGCGAGAGACAGGAGGCGAAUCCUGGUGCAGUCGCUAUGCCACAAAGCCCAGGUGAGAAACCUCUGAAGAUGCCUGACCUUCCAGCACCGCCAGCCGCCUACACCAACAGUGCUGCGUACGAAAUGGCAGGCGAGAAACCUACUGGCGGCCGAUCACGACCGAGAGCCAGGACGCAUGGUGAAGAUGAAGUCACAGAAGGAUUGAAACGAGUCGACUUGAACAACCCUCCGGGCGGUGUGUCACCAGCAAUUCUACCUCCUCCUAUCGAACAGGCGAAGAAAGAAGGUGGAGCCGUAGGUCUACUAAGACGAUUCAGUACUAGAAAGUAUCGCAGCCAUGACAGAGACCGACCAGAGGCACCGCCGCCACCCACACCGGCUGUUGCCAUUUCAGGUCCAUCUGAAGUCGCCAAUACGCCAAGCAAUGUUCCAAGGAAGAGUUUCAGCAUUCGAAAACCACGAGAACGAGAUAACGGCUCAACAUCGCAUCUCCAAUCAGGUAGCGCGACCAACCAGCCAGAUCUCCUCUCUCCGCCAAGUACUGGCAACGUAGCCACUCGGAAGUUCAAAGCCCUUGGUCGGUCGACCAGUGUCAAUUCAGCUGACCUCCGAAGGCGUUUAAGUCGUCGAGGACGUUCGUCCGAAGAUCCAGGUAACCCUCCACCCACCAGUGGCUCAGAUAGAUCAGAUCUCAGCGGACAUAGAGCUCGCCCGAUUGACGACACGGCCUCCGAAGACUUCUCAGCUAGUCAACGGCCUGCGCAGACGUCUCGUGCCAAAUCACUAGGCCAUGCAAGAAGGGAAAGCAUACAGGCUCGCAGGGCACGGAGAGAACAAGCCAAAGAGGCAGGCGUGCCAGAAGAGACGGACGCGGAACUAGCGGAAGCCCAGGUAGAAGCCAGCCGAAGUCCGGACGCUGUAAAGCCCGUCUUUCUCAAGGGUUUGUUCAGUGUCUCUACGACGAGCACCAGACCACUGUCAUAUAUCCAAGACGACCUUAUUCGAGUGCUCGAUCAACUCGGUGUCGAAUGGAGCGAGAUCAAAGGAGGUUUCAGAUGUCGACACUCGCCAAGUAUUGACAUGAAGAACAUGCUAGACUCGCCUGCGUCUCCACCUGGUGGAAAUCAUAGACGACGGAUCAGCUUUGGUGGCCUCAUGGGUGGUGAUAAAGACCGAGAUGCAUUCAGGGAUGAGAAUCGAGUUCCUCACACACCAAAGUCACGAUCCCGACCUUCAGGCGCCGAUCGCAGCUAUACUAAUACCGACGAGUCGGACGCAAGCGAGGAGAGAGAGGAACGAGCACCGCGUCGACCUGUCCCAGCAGGAGAAACCUCCACACACGUGCAACACGACAUGGGCGCGAGCAUGAGCCUCAUAUUCGAGAUACUAAUUGUCAAGGUUCCUCUGUUGACAUUGCAUGGUAUCCAAUUUAAGAAGGUGGAUGGUGGAACGUGGCAGUACAAAAACAUGGCUCAGACGAUCCUGUCAGAACUCAACCUCUGA